AUAUGUAGAACUAAGUAUUUAGUUGAUUGUUUGAGCGUUAAAUCCAUACGUCCUUUCGGGCAUACCGGUUUUAUUUCGUUACAAUUCAGGUCAACUAACUGUAUAAAUGUCAUUAUGGUGUAGAAUUUACUGCAUUCAGUAGUCUGAAUUGUUUGGAAACAAACGAAUGUUAUGGAAUUAAAAAUUUAUAACCGGUCAGAUCAAAUUAUUCUUUAAAGGUUGUAAUACAAACACAAUUUGUAAGCAUUAAAUUUACAUUGUUGUAAGCAUGAAUGGAAGAUUUAUAAUUUAUUUCUCUACACGUGUACAUAAAUUUGCUUUUCGAUUUUUGAAAUACGAAUCAAAGUAACGAUAUGAACAAGUAAAUUGAAUAAAUAAAAUGAAUGAAAUGCUUCUAGUUAGUUGCAAAAUAAUUGAAUAAUACUUGGUGACAGGUAUAACUGUUAUUCAUAUUUAGGAAAAAUUGUCUGUUCAGUUUCGUCAUAAGAUUAUUUUGAAACAUAUUCGAUAUCUAACGUGAUGCGGAUGUACAACCAGGUAAUUUGGGAGACCAGCUAUUUAAAGCUACGCGACAUAUUCACACAAAUAUAUUCAAUUACACUCGAUGGUUUUAAAUAACAGCUAAGCAAAAUCUUGCUGUGCGCGAAAGAAAGGAAGAGAUCGAGAAAUAGAUUUACAAGUAUUGUGUGAAUGUUUGCUCGGGAAGAGAUGAGAAAAGCGAAUGAAAUUUGGUGGUAAAUAUUUUGGGCCACGAUAUAGGCAGCCUGGAUUAAAAGUAUUCGUAUAAUAUGAACGUGAAAAUUGGGAAGACUGUGUUCUUUAUGUUAAUAAUUGCAUUGAUAUACAGAUGAUCGCACGUUAUACAGCAAUGUUAGCAGUAAUAAAUAUAACAAAAUAAAAGAGUUAACUGCGGUACUUUGUAACAUAUGACAAUCGAAAAUUCACAUAAGGGAAAAAAGUAUUCGUACAUUACGAUAGAUUAUCAAUUUAUAUCACAAUUAAUAUUUUAGCCUCUUCAAGAUAUUUGUUUGGUUUCAUAUGGUGUUUUGUUAUUCUUUUUCCGAAUUCCCACUAUAUGUGCUCAAGUUUUAAGCUCGACGAUUACGGUCGUAUAGGUAAUGUAUGGGGUGCACUAUACCAGCAGUCAUUGACAUAUAUAAACAUUUAUUCAUGAUUUUGUAAUUUUGUUUUUUUUUUUUUAGUUUCCGUUUUACGAUAUCGAGCUUGUGCAUACCAUAUUCGAUCAACACCAUGGCUGCAACGAUAAUCGCUUUGGCAGUUUCUACACUGUAUAUUGUAUUUACAAGUCUCAUAGCUUACUGGAUGAGAAGAUAUACCAACUAUUAUAUACAGGAUCCGUUUGUAAGGUCCCUAUUUUUAGAAGGUAUUGCUACCGGUGAACUUUGCGGAGCAUGUUUCGAAUUAAUAAUAAUUGCGGAUAAUUGGGGUGUUUCUAUGUACGGCGUAUAUUUAUUCGUACUGACGAUUUGGUGGUCUAUGAAUUGGGAAGACGCUACCGCUUGUCCCUACACGCACAUCGAAGACGUUGUCAAUGGAACGAAGUCAGUGCGCGAUGCUUUCCUUUUAAUAUGGGCCGAACUUGUCGGCGGUCUUGCCAUUUUUAGAUACGUUCAAUUACUUUGGGCACUCGAAAUUGUUUCGACGCACAAACACAAAGCAUUCGAAGAUUGUACUACCGAUCUGCAAGUGCCUGUAAUAUUUGGAGCAUUUAUAGAAUGCGUGGCAACUUGUAUAUAUAGGGUGGUCUCACGUGGCUUGAGCGAGAUAAAUUCGAAGAUUAGUGUUAUUCUUGAUUCCUUCGUUGGAACAACUUUGGUUAUUGCAGCUUUCGAUUAUUCCGGCGGCUACUUCAAUCCCGCGCUGGCUACCUCCUUGAAAUACGGAUGUUUAGGAACUUCCUUUAUGGAGCACGUGAUAGUCUAUUGGGUGGGUGCGUGUGCGGGUUCCAUCGCCUCUUUACGAGUAUAUAGGCUACCGUUUGUUCAACGGUAUGUGGAACAAUAUAAAGAGAAAACGCUUUAAGUCACCGACAGUGAAACAUCGGGUCGUUGCACGAGUUUGUUGGUUUUCUGUUUGCCCGACUUUCCCGUUGUUUGUUUUAUCUUAUUCCCUGUUUUCUGUCUGAGUUACCGUUCUACGAAGUAACGUCUAAGUUUAUACAUACUUGUAUCGAGUCUCUCAGAUUGUUACAAUAUUUGCGCACAAACAAUUUCUCGAAAGCGGUCACCCUCCUCGCACGUUUACAAAGUAGGAACAUUUUUAGAUAUUGUAAGGUGAUGAUAGUGCUACGAUGAUUUGAAUUGAAAUUAGUGUAAAAUUAUCCAUAGCGAGCGAUGCGUGUAAUUAGCAUAAUGUAUCAUGACUGUACAAUAAAAGACUGUACAAAUAAAAGUUUUGCGAAUAAAUUGGAAAUAUUACAUUCUGAGA